AUGGAAACACCAAAUUCUGCAAAUGUUUCAGCAGUAGCAUCAAGUACUAGUUUAUUAUACUCUUCCAUGAUGAUUCCUUCACUGUUUAAUCAUUUGAGAAGACGAUGGAGAGGAAGCGAAGCCAAUCACGGUGAACAAGAGGCCUCUCCUUCCAAUGUUACAUCAACAACUACUUCGACUGCUAUGACUUCAGAAACAACCAACCAUCAUCAACAAGCUGCUUCACGAAAUCAUCGACAACAUGAAGAAAAUAGUGCAACAUUUCAUCAACCACAACAACCGUCAACAACCUCAACACCUAACGAUGAUUCAAAUUAUAAUGAAAUUUCAAACCGACCACAUCAUUCUCAGCAUCACUACCACCAACUUGGCCGUCACAGUAGAUAUCAUGCAAAUAUUUCCUUAUUACAUUCAUCGGAAAGAGAGGACGAUAGCGCAUCCACUACAGAUGGUAGCACCAUCUCCGAUCGAAUGGGUGGAGUGCAUGAUGAUCCCGGAGGAGAAAACGAUGAUAAUCAUUCACAAUCGUCUGAAUACUCGGAUCAAGAAGAGGCAUUCAUGAUGAGCCCAUCAUCCCUACAUUCACACAUGAACAACAAUAACAGAGGAGGUGAAGAGAAUGAUGAUGAAGAGGACGAUGAAACCAUACUCUUCACUCCCUUAUCAUUGCCAACCAACAAGAAGAACAAAAACAUUCACGGCAUGACAACACAUGAUCAAAUUGCUCUUACUGACCGCGAUCAAGACUUCGAUGAUGAUAAUGAUAAUAAUGGCCUUCCAACGAAAUUAAAUCUGUCUCCUAUUAAGGCUCACCAUUCGUCAUCCCCAUCCUCAUUAGCAUUAUCAUCAUUGAGAGAGAAUAUGCACCCAUCCAUGGCCUCUCCACUCCUACUGCAUAGGAGACGAUCAAGUAUUUCAUCAAACUCUUCCUCCAAUUCACCUUCCUUUAGUGUGGCCACCAAGAGAAAACUCAUGGCUGCCACUCCCGGAGGAAGACUCACCAAAACCUCCACUCUCACUCACCUUUCCAGCAACAACAACACCACUACUACUUCAAUGCAUCCACCACCACCAGUAGUAGUAGAUCAACACUCUCCUCUCCCUCAUCAAUACAGUUUCAUGUUCAAACAUGAAGAUCAUAUGAAACGAUUCAGACAUACCCGAUAUCAGACUGGGCAGUUGCCAGAGAGUGGACCUUAUCGGUUUGAUGAUUCACGAGAAAUACGAAACAAACUCUCUCUCACCAACACUUCAGACAUUCAGAAUGUGGGACAAUAUGAAUUCAAUGCAGUGAGGCUCACGACCUGUGAUUGGUUCAUUAAUGGUUGGCAAAAAACAUCAACGCACAUGAUUCGGGUACAAAUUGAUAUCUAUAAGAAGAAAAUAACCUUUUCCUAUGAGAACAUUGAUGAACACAAAGUUCAGGAGAAACUCGUCAUUGCCUUUGAUGAUAUUACAGGACUCGAGUUUCAACAUUCUCCCUUAUCGGAUGAUAUUGUGGUGAUUGAGGUGAACAGAAUUCCUACAGACGCUCCAACCUCCAUGAGAUCGAACUUUUUCUUCCUCUACCUCAGUAAGGAAGAUAGUGCCAAGUACAUGGAUGGAGCUCUCUUAUCUUCAGACAAACGUUUAUUGAAACUUGCCAUUGUUGGUCUUCCUACAUGGGCCACUAUUGUCAACCGAUAUGGUAUUCCAAUUUUUUAUAAUCAUCAAAUUCGAGGAGUGAUUACGACCCUUGUAAAUAUUUAUAUCAUUAUCAGUUUAAUUUGGGGAUUUUAUGAUUUGUAUAAGAAUUUACCAAUUGUUGGAGGUGCAUUGAGAGCAAUAUUUGGUCCUGUUGCCUCGUUUUUGGAGCCAAUUAUUAAGAACAAAAUCAUGCUAUUGAUACCUCUAGUGUUUUCUAAGGUUUGGGAGGCGGCACAAAUAUUCUUCUCACUAUUUGCUCCUCUGCUUUCAAUUUUCACACCGUUGUGGAAGCUUAUUGUAACAAUAUCUCAUGCCAUUACGAAUGUAUUCAAACCACUAGCGGAUGGUUUUGUGAUACUUCUCAAUGGUCUUAUUUAUCCCUUCAUUCAAUUGUAUCACCAUGUACUAUAUCCACUAUUUAAUGGACUUUAUUUAUUGGUUGCUGGAAUUUCACGAUUUUUAUCGCUGAUAGGAACGGGUAUUUACACUGCAUUCAAAAUUCCUGUACAAUUUAUUGGAAUGGUAUCCUCAGAGAUUGUUGACAUGUUCGUUGAUUUAUUUUAUGCCUUGUCAACUGCUCUAAGUUACCCGGUGACAUUUUUCAAGUUACUAUUUAGCUUCAUUGCUGGGGUUGCCACCCUUAUUUAUUCUGCUAUAAUUUAUCCAUUUACAAAGUUGGGUUCUCUGUUCAAGUUUAAGAAGGAUAUUGAGCAUGCUACUCAGGUGAUGAGUAAUGUGGCUUCUGCCUCAAGUCAGGCUGCCUCUACUUCCUCCUCUCUAAAGGCCUAUUUGAUGAGCAUGAAGGAAAAUUUCCAACCUCUUUCAAGUCUUUGGAAUGGUAUUAGACGAAUUAUUGAUAGUAUCAUUCAUACGUAUCACACCAAGAUCAAACAUAGGUCAGUGUGGAAGAGGCGUAUACUGAUUACCAUCAUUUGCCUGAUUGUUCUUGCUGGAGUUAUCAUUGUUUUUGCUCUUGUGUUUUAA